UAUGAGCACCAAAGAAACACACACACCCAUCUCUCUACCUUUCAUCUUUUUGAUGCAUUUGCUUACUGACACACCCUUCAAAUCAUACGAAGAAAUCUAGUAUAACAAGAUUCUGUUUUGAGGAUGGACUUGUUUAUCUGGAUUGGCACUCAGCUUUUGCCCUACGCAUACCAAUCCCAUUCCCAUUUCCCUUCCCCAUCAACCACGAUGUCGACCACACUGUAGCCUUCCUCCCACAUAUUAAUUCACUCCCAAACAAAACGAAGAAGAAAAAGAAGGAAACCAAACCAAACCAGAUCUAUCUCCAACCAGAUCCAACUCUCUACUCGCCUCCCUGGGCCCCAUCCCCACAAAAACAGAUUCCUCUCCUCAACUCGUUCACACCCCAUGGGCCCAUCUCUUAGUUCCCCUCCACGAGCCCAUACGGGCCAUACCCAUCCCCGAGCCCACAGGCCCACAUCCCACGUGGUCUCCGGGCCCUACACUCGAACACAGCUCACCAAUUAUACAGAAAAAAACAACAACAAAAAAGAUGGGGGAAAAUGAGUUUGCGGUAUGGCUAAGCCCCGUGCCGACGCGGCGCGUCCUGAUUGGUUCCCACUCAGAUUUCCCCCUGGCCCACCAGAUAGAAGCUGUAGCCAUAUACUCCCUCUCUCUCCACUGUGUGAACCGAACAGCUCAGCCUUUACUCACCACCACAAAGUCACACCUCCCUUCCGCUUCUUCUUCUUCGCAAAAUCAUGGCUUCCAAGCUCUGCGACUCCUGCAAGUCGGCAACGGCGGCCCUCUUCUGCCGCCCGGACUCGGCCUUCCUCUGCCUCAGCUGCGACUCCAAGAUCCACGCCGCCAACAAGCUGGCCUCCCGCCACGCGCGCGUCUGGAUGUGCGAGGUCUGCGAGCAGGCGCCCGCGCACGUCACCUGCAAGGCCGACGCCGCCGCGCUCUGUGUCACCUGCGACCGCGACAUCCACUCCGCCAACCCGCUCGCCCGCCGCCACGACCGCGUCCCCGUCGUCCCCUUCUACGAAGCCGUCGACAAGUCCUCCUCCUCCUCCCCGGACGACGCGGCGGCGCAGCACCCGCCCUGCGCGCUCAACUUCCUCGACGACCGCUACUUCGCCGACGACGCCGCGGACGAUGACGUCAGCAGGGAGGAGGCAGAGGCUGCUUCCUGGCUCCUCCCCAACCCUCCGCCGCCGGCAGGCGGCGGCAACAAGGGCGGCGGGGUCAUGGACUCUCCGGAUCUGAACACCGGCCAGUUCAUGUUCCCCGAGAUGGAUCCGUACCUGGAUCUGGACUACGGGCCCGUGGAUCCGAAGAUGGAGCCGCAGGAGCAGAACAGCUCGGGGACCGACGGAGUCGUCCCCGGCGGCGUCCACCAGCCUCAAUUGAUGAACGAGCACUGCUUCGACCUCGAUUUCGCCGCCGCUGCCGCCGCAGUCGGAUCCAAGGCUUUCGCUUACGGAUACACAGCUCAGUGCUUGAGCCACAGCGUGUCAUCAUCGUCGAUGGACGUGGGAGUGGUCCCCGACGGCAGCGCGACGGCGGACGUAUCGAACCCGUACGGAAGAGUGGGAGGAGCCGGAGGGAUGAGCACGGGAGCCGAAUCGGCGGCGGCGGCGGCGAUGCCGACGGUGCCGCUGUCGGCGGUGGACAGGGAGGCGAGGGUGAUGCGUUACAGGGAGAAGAGGAAGAACCGGAAGUUCGAGAAGACGAUCCGAUACGCUUCCAGGAAAGCCUACGCGGAGACGAGGCCCCGAAUCAAAGGAAGGUUCGCGAAGCGAACCGACAUCGACGUGGAAGCCGACCGGAGUAUGUACGGCUUCGGCGUCGUGCCGUCGUUCUAAUAAUUACCCCUUCUCUCUCUCACCAGAACGUACGGACAAUCCAGUAAUAAAGAAAGGACACUAGUUUUGUUUUUUUCUUUUUCCUACAAUCUUUUCCUAAUUAUUGCAAUUUCCGUUUCUUAUUUUGUUUUUUUAUUUCUCGUUUCUUCUAAUUUCUAGGGUGGUGUUUGGGAUGUGUAAAUAGAAGGUAGAGGGGGGUAAGAUGUUUGUAUUGUAUGUAAUUUUGUAGCUGUUUGAUCGACGGGAAUGUUUAUAAAUGACCGUUGAUUUUGUGGUUAAUCAAAUUAAUCUAAGAUUAAUUAGAUGAUUGUUGAUUCUCACGUUAUCUCUGGAUCGAUGUCGACGAAAAAGGGAAUGCUACUUUUUGGAAUACGCAAUGAUUUGGAUUCGGAAAGAAUUUUCCUCGUUUUUCCUCAAUCUACUAAACAAUGGUUUGACUGUGGAAUUAUUGGUUUGAUAAGGCCGGGAUUGAAUAAUGGACUUUUCUUAUCGUGAAUAGUUGGGCCUGUCCUGUGUUUCUUGGAUGAGAUUACUUUGCAAUUCUAGCUUCUUCCACCUACUUGUGGGGUCAAAAUCUAAAUUGAUCGUUGUGUUGAACUAUGACUCAAAGAUUGGAAGGAACUUCACUAUUACAUAUGAAACCAUUACCAAGAUUGGAGACGAAAAAUUGUACAUACGAAAUUGGAGAUGAAAAUUGUAAAGAGUUUGUCGUUAAGAGUAUGAAGAGAUGAUUUGCAACCGCAAAUCUGGACUGCAAAUGCAUACACCAUCUCAAUAUUACAUUUAGUCGUGAGUAGGGCUGCAAAUGAGCCGAGCGGCUCGGCGUUCGACUCGAGAAAAGCUCGUUCGAAAUUUGACUCGUUAAUAAACGAGUCGAACACGAGCUCACCUUUGUUCAGCUCGUGAAGCUCGCGAGCUAGCUCGACUCGGUGUCUUGUUGAGCUAAACUCGUGAGCUGACUCGUUUAGAGCUCAUGAUAUGUCUUAACAUGUGGCUAGAGAGCCAACUCGAUUACCAACUUAUGGAUGAAUCAAUCUAUAUCUUAUGAUUUUGGUUCAUAUGGUUGUUAAAUUAUAUAUCUCACCAUAUAUAAAGUUUCACACGUUGAGUAUGUGAGCAAAUAUAUGUUAUUUUUUACUUUAAAAAUAAAUUAUGCAUCAUAGAUUGCUUCGAUACUAUGAAAGAACAUGAUUUGGAGUAGUUAAAAUUUAUUAACUAAAUCAUAUAUGAUACCAACAAAGCAUAAUAUGAGAU